CUAGAUUUCUUGCAUCCACCCCAGAGGAUUGUAACCACGUAUAUAUAAAUACUAGCAAACGAUAGCCACGUCUACGACGCGACGUCUUAACGGUCUUUCACCAUUCACCAACUCCUAUAAUACCGUUUCGACAUCGACUACCUUUACGACUACCCCCACUCGCCUAUCCUAAGGUUCUCGGUCAAUUUUCACCCGCGCUCUCCAACAUAAUGGCUAAAAUGACCAUGUCUGCAGUGCACCCUGCCCUUAGAACAUCAUCUCCAAUGCCUUACGUUUCUUCACCCCUCGUUGCAUCGUCACUGAACUCCUCCCCCGGCCCGUCGAGAGCAUUGCCCAUGAGACCAUCAUUCCCCCACUCUCGCCCUCUACGACCAUUUGGUUCAAUAUCACAAAACAACGCGUCCCGCUCAUCAAAAAAACCUGUCAAGUUCAUAGAGCCACCAAAGAAUUCCAAGACCGUUUUUGUACUUGACUUGACGCAAGGAGAGCUCAGCAGACAGGAUUGAGCUGGCAGGAUACACCCGCUACUCUUACAGUAGACCCAUGGGAGUACACCGGAGGCAUAGAUUAACCGCCGUUCGGCAUAUAACCCCAAACCCUCUUCCCCAGUGUUGUAUGAUCGGUGACUUCUCUUUAUUCGACGGUUUUUAUCUGGGUAUAUAACUCAUUCCAUACUGCCCACUAGCAUACAUUGGCUGCUUUCACGCAUUAUUUUCAUUCAGCCACUCGGCUUCAUCACGACGCGUACUUUGCUACAUUCCACACGUACUUCAGCCUGUUCACCUACACGUACCUUGUCACAACGGGAAAUUAGUUGUUUGUCAUAUCUUUGCAAAGGCUGCAGUACUUCAGCUCUUUCCCAGCCAUCAGGCGAACUGCAGUAGCUUCUUAAGAAGGCAUUUUUUGAAGAAAAAAAUUCUCUUCGUCAUCUGUGCAUAUAUAUCUGACUUCUGCUCUGCCAUGGCUUACCGUAAGGAAGCGUCUCGUUGGUA